AUGGGUUUCAAACAGAAAAAUGCAGAUCAAUGUUUAUAUACAAGGAAAGAGAAGAAUGGAAAUGUGACUUAUAUUUUAUUAUAUAUAGAUGAUCUACUGGUAGCCGGUACGUCCGCAGAAGUGACACAAGGAGUAAGCAAAGAAUUGCAGAGAUUCUUUGGUAUCAGAGAUUUAGGAGAUAUCAAUUAUUAUCUUGGAAUUCAAAUAAAGCGCGAAGCCGAUGGAUCAUUUCUUCUUAGCCAGAAAGGGAAAAUUGCCAAGUUAUUGGAAGAAUAUGGACUAGUGGAACCGAAACCUAUGACUACACCUAUGGAGGCAGGUUUCCUAAAUUCAAGAAUGAGUGACAGCACAAGAUUAAAAAAUAAUUGUCAAUAUAGGAAAGCUAUUGGAUCACUACUGUACAUUGUCACUGUGUCGAGACCGGAUAUCGCUUUGGCAGUAGGAAUUUUGAGUCGCUGUGUUGAAAAACCGACAGAAGGAGACUGGAAAGCUAUUAAACGAAUAAUGCGUUACCUAGCGUCAACAAUUAACAAGGAAUUGCGGUUGUCUUCUUCAGAAGAAAUUAAAUUAGAAUGUUUUGUGGAUGCAGACUGGGCUGAUGACAAAACUGAUAGAAAGUCGACUAAUGGGUAUGUCUUCCGUUUGGGAGAUAAUAUUAUCGCCUGGUCAAGUCGUAAACAAACAGCAGUAGCGAUGUAA